CUAUGCACCGACCGCUGUAACUUAUCAAAAUAAUCUUGAUAAAAGUUGGUACUUUGCCCGAAUGACUUUGCAAUACCAUGACCAAAGUUGAGUCGAAAAGGGCGACGUCUAGGUUUGUGAUAGGCUACUUAUACACUGCGUAGGCUUUUUUUUUUAUCAAGAAACUGUUGAUCUUUUAUUGUUUAUUCCGGGUUUUUCCCCGGAGACGAGCACAUUCGCCAAUACAAGGUGGCUCUAGUUUAGAGCCUGAUCCGAGUUUAGCAGGCUAUUUCCUCAGUAUUUGGAAUGCAGGCGUGGUGCUAGACUGGAAUGCUCAUGCCCACUGUUGUAUGUGAAAUAAAAGGUCCCUUCGUAAAUUUGUAGGCUUUGCUUCCACUUUAAAAUUGAAGAGCUGAAGCGUCAACAUGGUGAACUGCUGUGGUCUGGUUACGGUCAAGAAUGAGCCAGUUCCUCUGAAGAGCGUGGCGGUGGAUGUGCGUGUGCAGGGACAUGUAGCCACAGUGACCUCCACUCUGCUGUAUGUGAAUGGAGAAGAGCGCCCCCUGGAGGCUGUGUUUGUGUUCCCCCUACCUGGAGAAUGUGCCCUCUGCCACUUCAGCGCCAAAUUAGGAGACACAGAGGUGGUGGCAAAGCUGCAGGACAAACAGAAGGCACGGGAGCAGUAUGAUGAUGCGUUGAGCUCAGGCCAUCAGGCUUUCCUGCUGGAGGAGAGUGAUCAGAGCCCAGACGUGUUCCAGCUGAACGUGGGCAGCCUGCCUCCAGGAGAGAGCGCUGCCAUCACUCUGGUCUACAUCUCAGAGCUGGCCAUGCAAGCUGAUGACGCCCUGCGCUUCUGUCUGCCCGCUGUGCUCAACCCCCGCUACACACCCCAGGAAAUGGACAGGAGUAAAAUGGCCACUGUGACAUCAGUCCCAGCUGGUAUGGUGCCCUACACUUUGGCUCUGAGUGCUCACCUAUCCUCCCCCCAGCCCAUCUCUAAAGUGGAGUCCAACUGUGCUCUGGAGCCACUGGUUUACCUAAACGCAGACAAAACACAGGCCACGGUGAGUCUCUCUUCAGGCCACGUGUUUGAUCGGGAUGUGGAGCUGUUGCUGUAUUACCAGGAUGCUCAUGAGCCCACUGCCAUAGUGGAGGGUGGACAGGACAGUGCUGAGCCAGGCUCUUUGAUGGGUGACCCUGUGGUUAUGCUCAGCUUUUACCCAGAGUUCCCUGCUGCAGUAACAUCCUCACUCACCACUUGUGGAGAGUUUAUUUUUGUGGUGGACCGAUCAGGCAGUAUGGACUUCAGAAUGCAUUCAGGAAAAGACGCAAAGAUGCGCAUCGAGAGUGCCAGGGACACGCUGCUCCUUCUCUUGAAGAGCCUUCCCAUGGGCUGCUUUUUCAACAUCUACGGCUUUGGAUCCCGUUUUGAAAGUUUCUUCCCGAAGAGCGUGGAAUACAAGCAGAACACAAUGGAUGAGGCUCUUCAGAAAGUGAAUGGAAUGAGGGCAGACAUGGGGGGCACUGAGAUUUUGGAGCCUCUGAAACACAUCUACAGCCAGCCCUGCAUUCCCAGUCACCCCAGACAGCUCUUCAUUUUCACUGAUGGAGAAGUGGGAAACACUAAGCAGGUUGUGGACUUGGUGAAGCUGAAUGUCAAUUCUCACCGGUGCUUCUCUUUUGGUAUCGGACAGGGCGCCAGCACUGCUUUAAUCAAUGGCUUAGCCCAGGAGGGCUCUGGGCAUGCUCAGUUCAUCACCGGAACAGACCGCAUGCAGCCCAAGGUGAUGCAGUCUCUCCGCUAUGCACUGCAGCCAGCAGUGAAGGACAUCUCUGUUGUCUGGGACCUUCCAGAUGGUGUGUCAGUCACCACUUUGUCUCCUCCACUCAAAGUGCUCUUCCAUGGCCAAAGGGCUCUGCUGUAUGCUCAGCUCAAAGGAGAGAGCUCAGGGAAUCCUGAGGGAUCUGUGACAAUACAGUACAACCUGUUGGAGGAGACGGUCAAAAACCAACUUGGCUUCUGUCUCAAACCCACAGGAGAUACAGGAGAGACUCUCCACCGGCUGGGGGCUCGGGCCCUGAUUCGCUCGCUGGAGGUGGAGGAGAGGGCAGGAGGGCCAGAGGCGGCGGCCCUGAGAGAGAAGCUGCUGCAGCUCAGCCUGCAGUCUGGAGUCAGCAGCACACACACCGCCUUCAUCGCCAUCCACAAGGGCAGCGGACAGGCUGUGCAGGGAUCACUGCUCCGCAGAACCAUACCAACCCCAAGUUACAUGGUCCCAUGUGGACCUAUAGCCAUGUGCUGUUCAAUGGCUUCAAUGGCCCCAAGGGCCCGAAUGGCCAAAAUGGCCCCAAUGGCUCCUAUGGGUAAAAUGUCCUCAAUGGCUCCUAUGGGUGGAAGGAUUGCAAUGGAUAGUCCAGAGAUGUUUGACUGUGCUAUGCUGGAUGAGGAAGACGGGUUUGAUGUUGUCCAAGAACCAGAGUCCUUCACAGAUCCCCUCCUUCAGCUGAUCUCACUCCAGAAAGCCUCGGGGUCAUGGGAAAUGGACUCCUCAAUGGCUAAAGUGUUGGUGAAGUCAGAUGACGAUUUGGCCAAACUGAUGCCAUUGGGGGCAGACAAGGCUGUGUGGGCUACAACUCUGGCUCUGAUUUGGCUCUAUGGUUCGCGGCUGGAGGCCCGGGAUGAAUGGCAGUUUGUAGCCAUGAAGGCAGCGUCCUGGAUUCAAGCUCAGAAAGUGGGCUGUGUGUCUCAGUGUGUGCAGGCUGGAAAUGCUCUGCUGGGAUGCCAGGUGCAGCAGAAGACCCUGGGGCUCUGAGGUGACCAUACCUGUCCCUCUGUAGAAUGUGUCAUUAAUUAAAUGUGACAUAAACACAUCGGACUCAUCACUGAUUCAGAUGACAAAUUGUAGUCCUGCCCAGAAAGUUUCCUGUAUUUGUUCCCAAUAAUAAAAUAUUUGUUGUGCUUUCCUUGGAGUUGACUUGGGGCUCUGAGGUGACCAUACCUGAUAGAGUUAAUUUCGAAACACUGUUUAUGACGUAAGAAUAUAUUAAUCAAGUGCCUUGUAUUAAUAAUUAUCAUGUAUGGAUCAUGUGCUUAUGUAAGCAGGAACAUGGCUUUUCUGUGUUUCUGUGUGUUUGUAACUUAGAUUAUUAGGUGCUGACUCCAUGUAGUCUGCAUAUGAGUAAGAGUUAUAUGCGUAAGGAGAGGGACCUUCUGCAUAUGUUUGGGUGAGCUCAGAGGUGAUAAGAAGAGUCGAACUGUGCUUGUCCAACCCUGCGUAAAACUGACAUCCUUGCAUUUCAGAAAGCGCGUUUUGGGAUGACACAAAGGGACUUUUAGUCGAGCGCAGCUGUUCUUGCUGACGUUAGAAUCAUUUAUGGCGUCAGAGUUAGAUAAAUUAGCUAAAUCUUAAGUAUAUAAACCCUGUGCGAUGUUAGUGAAAUUGCUUAACUUUCAUCCUUGUGAUGUGAGUGAGCCCGAUUGCAAUUGUUUGUAAUAAAUAUACUGAUCUACAACUCCGGAGUCCUGAGAUAACUUGAGUGAAAUUUCACCUAACAAUACCUGUCCUUCUGUAGAAUGUGUCAUUAAUUAAAUGUGACAUAAACACAUCGGACUCAUCACUGAUUCAGAUGACAAAUUGUAUUCUUGCCCAGAUAGUUUCCUGCUCUAUUUGUUCCCAAUAAUAAAAUAUUUGUUGUGCUUUCCUUGGA